AGCGUUUAUGCUCAGAAAGGAUCUGACUUGUAGUAUGGACAUGCGCGAGAGCACGCCAAUGAGAAUGCUUUGGUUGUUGAUUUAUUCGGCGGCUUUCUUUAUUGCAAAUGGCAGAGUUUGCUUGCCCGAUGCAGUUCCUGAAGAUCAGCGACAGAACAUCACGAUGAUGGGGCAGUCCAUGCCCAUCGGGGUUGCAGCCGGAAAUUGGGAUUCGGUACUCGUUGCGAGGGAUGUCUAUGACAUUUUGGUGAACGAGAUCCUUGGUUACAAUACUGUGAUUUUGCCUUCACCAGGAACGAUUUCUACUCUCCGUCUUCUGGCUGGAUGCAAAGACAGUGAGGCGGAUGCCGUUGAGAAUUGCAGCUUUCCACCAAUCGCUCACGUGGGAAUGGAACUUUGGGGAAGCAGCCUUCAGUCGGCAGGCAUGCUUGAAAAACUGAAGCUGUUGGGAGAACGCAAUCCUGAGAUCCUGGGAAGCAUGGGCUACUGGGGCCUGGAAGGCAUGUACGUUCUCGGCAAAGCACGUCAAAGGGCCCUAGAUGAUGCUGGUCUUCAUUUGUCUUAUUAUGGCAACCUCAAUGCAUCAUGGUUUCAUCCGGAGAACUAUGCCGCCAACCUGACAGAAGUGAACUUCACUAACCUUCGACCCUGUGAUGGAUGGACCAAUGAUCCCCUCGCCGCGCAGCAAUACUUGGAAGCAACAGGUGAUGCUGAGGGUGUUGUACAGCAAGGUGGCACGACCAAAUUCAAGUGCUGGGAAAACAAAUGGUGGCUACCUCCCGCUUGCCGAGCCAACCCGUUUCACUGCAUGUCACUCAUCACUGGCGGCAACGGCUGGGGCAUCGGGGAAUUGACGCAGCAAAUUUCCUCCCACAACAUGCCCAUGGCUUUUGCAGUGGCAACAGACAACGCGAAAUGGAGGGAGGAAAAUAAAAAGCUUGGAGGUUUUUUGUAUUGGUGGAACCCCGAUUCGUCGUUCGUGGCAUAUAAUCCAGCACUUGUUGAGAUGCCUCCAUGGAGCUUGUCCGAAUACAAUCAGGGAAUCUACAAGUCUCAGAUUGACCGCGUAGAGCUUCACAUGGGCAUCGCAAGGGGGUUUGAUGUUGUGGCAGAUCGAGCGUACGGCUUGGCACAGAAUCUUCACAUUUCUGACAGUAUCAUGAACGAGUUGCUGCUGAUCCUGGUGCAGUCAGUCACGCCGGACGAGGAGCCAUGGCAGACGGCUUGCACUUGGCUCCGGGCCAACCGGAUUCUUUGGCAGGAAUGGGUGCCAGACAAGACAGUCUGCUCGGUCGGCAGGGGCCUUGUCAACUUGCAAGGAGAAUUUGUCACUUCGCGAGCUGAUGCUGUGGACUGUGCCAUUUGUCCCGCAGGGCAUGCUUCCAUGGAGAUCAGUGGCACACGGGUGUGUUCCAAAUGCCCAUCCGGCACAUACCAAAGCACCUUUGGAACUUCGGAGUGUAUUUUGUGCGAGCUUGGCACUAUUGCUCCACUCGAAGGCUCCACUCACUGUGAACAGUGCGGCCUCGGAGAAUACGCCAACACCACCGGGAUGAGUCGGUGCCACCCGUGCGGCAUGGGCAGCGGAGAGGAGCACUUGUGGACCACAAGCCGGGAGAUCAUCUCAGGGGGAGGAGUCGUGGUGAUUCAGCUGCUUGGGGCCGUGUCGCAAUCCUUCUGCGCCUGUGGGGCUGGCACCUUCUUGUGGGACGGCCGCUGCCAGAUGUGCAUGGAGGGCUCCAUUUGCCCUGGGUCGAACCGUUUGGAGUUGAAGCCUGGCUUCUUUUCUACGCCAGAGGCGCCUGGUGAGGUCUACAAUUGCUUUGAUGAGCGAAUUUGUCCAGGCGGGCCUCCCGGAACGUGCAGUCAGGGGCGGGAUGCUUCAACUGUGGCCUGUGCACAUUGCCAGGACGGAUUUCAGGAAACUGGAGAUAGGACCUGCGAGCCUUGUAGAAAUAGUGACUAUGCCUUUAUCGCUGUGGUGGUGCUUGUGGUUGUGUGUGGAGUUGGGGCGUUGCACAUAACUCUCAUGAAUGAGACUGCUUCGAAGGGGAGCUCCUUGUUGGUGGUCUUCUCCAGCCUGACGCAGUUCAUUACCAUUGUGCAGAUGCUCUCCGUCCUCCGUCGCUUCGACAUUGAUUGGAGGGAGCCUUUUGCCAGCGUCUUGGUCCUCUUGGAAGUUCUCAGCUUCGAUGUCGAUAUGCUCUCAAUGAAUUGCGUUGCAAGCCUGAACUCCGUGGCCCUCUUUGGCUUCCGAUGCCUCAUGAUCCCUAUGCUCAUGUUCAUUGCACUCGUAGUGCAUUUGUGCUACCUCCUUCGUACACGCUCAUCCACCUUCAAGCUGGGCAAGUUGCUCAGGACGAUGGGAAGCAUAUUCCUAAUCCUUUUCAUCGUUCUUUGGUCAAUGAUUCUGGCACCCUUCCAAUGCAAUGAGCACCCCAAUGGGAUGCUAACCAUGAAGAGAUACAAGACGGUGUUCUGUGAUGGAGAGGGCGAGCACUUGGAGAUGUUCAUCCUGGGAGGUUUGGCCUCCUGCAUGCCUCUCUUCUUCUUGGCGCUUUGCGUGUGGAUUGUGGUCAUGGAACUUCCCCGACGCGUGGCGAGGUCUGAUACUCGAUUCUUGGAUGCUUGCUCUUUUCUCACCAAGCGCUUUCGACCUGGUAUGGAAAUGGCAUCGGUCGUUGUGCUGGUGAGAAAUGCAUUUGUGGUUAUGUGCCCUCUAGUGACCUCAACAGCCGGACAGCUGAUGAUGAUGUGCAUCAUUUUGUAUGCGAAUUUGACCUGGGUGGCCUACUUCAAGCCUUGGCGGUUUCCGAUCUGCAAUUGGCUUGAUAACUUGCUCCUGGGUGGGAUGAUGGUGAUUCUGAUGAUGGGUGCUAUCAGCGUGAAUUUUUUAGACGCGCAAGCGCCAAUGGUUAUUGUGAUGACUUUCGUGGUCAUGAUGGCCCUGUCGGUGUUGGCAGCGGUUUGCUGGGGCCUCUACCGUUUCUUCCAUCAGAAAUUCCUGAAGCUUAAGCAGUUUCGCUUCUUCACAUGCCAUCAGAAGAAUGCUGCGGGAUCCAUGGCACGGCUUCUGAAGAUGGAACUCGAAGCCCGCAUGCCAGGGACUAAGACAUUCAUUGACUGUGAUGACCUCAAUGAUCUCACACGACUUUUCAGCUAUGUGGGCCAGGACACAGACACCUUCUUGGUGCUUUGCAGUCCGGCCAUCCUGACCCGAAAGUGGUGCGUAGGUGAGAUUUUCACCGCACGAGUGAAUCAAGUCCCAACCCUCCUGCUCACAUGGCCUGACUUUACCUUGCCAAACGCAACAUUCAUCGAGAAUUAUGCGAAGGUGGUGCCUGACAUUGCCGAGCUGGCCAAGUAUCAAAUCAGCCUCGCAGAGGUGGAGGAGACUUUCAGGUGGCUCUCCACUCAGCAGCAGUUGGCCCUACCCGGUCAGAUCACGCCAAGCUCAACAGCCACAUUCGUCUCACAGUUGAUGGUCAUGUCCAGUGAGCAAGAUAGGAUGCCACGGAAGGGGGUUUCCUUGUUUGGAGAUGAGAGGGCCACCGACUUCCCUGUGCUAGUGGACCCGUUGGAUGGAGAAUGCAUUGCCACAGCGAUGGUCCUUUCUGUGUUGCUGAAACCGCGGCUCCUGGGCACAGACCUCCCUCUCCCUUCCAUUUUGCAAUUGGGCACAGAGGUGCCCGAGCAGGCCACGCUCUCGUUGAUCAUUUGUGGCAAUAACUGCUUCAAAUCAGAGCACGUCCAGGAAUGGCUUUUGCAAGCGUCUCGCCGGGAAGCGUGUUGUGUGAUUCCUGUCAUCGCAGAGGAUGCCUUCAUGAUGCCUUCGGAUGCCUUUUUCACUCAACUUCGCAGCAACUCACACCUGGAUGAGCAGCAGUUGCAGCGGUAUGCGUGUGUUGUCCGCGCUCUUUUCCAAGAGAUUGCUGUGGUAUUUGUGCCGCAAAGCUACUCCUCGACGCAGAAUGAUUUAGAGCUCCGUGCAAACCAGGCAGCCUCGAGGCUUACGGCAACUCUUCAACCUUUGAAAGACAAAGUGAUACAGCUGGAGACGAGCAUCAGGCUGUCACAAGAAGCAGAAACUGGCAAGGAUGAUAUGGCCAACAUCUUGAACACCCAGGACGAUUCAACUGCAUCUCCGGAUGGCAACUCCUUAGCUGAACCCACUGACGGUGAUGCGCCUCUUGUCCAUGAGAAGUUCUGAUCUGAUCAUUUUCCCACUGGGAGUGAAGCGUGGGGCACCCGCCCAAAGCCCUCGCCAACAAUCCUAGUGUCUCCAAACGCAUCGUGCAUUGGUCAAAGACAUUGCACAUGAUUGCAUCAUUGUUGCCUCUCGCAGUGCAGGCCUUGAGCCUGGCUGAAGACUGCUAAAGAUAACAUUGUAAGCCAGGGAUGCUGCUGACGAUGACGAUGAUAACAUUUGCUGCUACUAUAUAGUUAAAAAAUACAAAUGCGACAAAGGUGGCCACGCCAGAUCCAAAAUUAUCAAGCGGCCUGACUGAACACGAGACGACGAGACCAAAACCCACGAGACUUUUGUGGUCUCGUGCGGGUGCCCACCGGAGCAAUGUGAAGACCUACCGGGUCGGCCCUGCUCUGGUGGAUUCACCAAAGACUCAAGA